AUGGGUUGUUUGCACGUCCAACAGAAACCUAAACGUGAGAUUUAUGGCGGCAUCCUACGGUUCUCGGCUUCUCGCUUCCAUUCACUUCAGUUCUCCCCUGGCCCUAAGCCCUCCAUACCUCCCUUCUCCUCCGCGCAACCAUCAGCGGGUACUGCAAUUCAUCCCCUAUCUUCAAAGUUCGCCGCCGCAAGCUCGAAGAUGAUGGAUGGUGACAUGAGUGAUGAUGGAGAGAUCUACAUCCAUGAUGCUGACACAAUCCAUGAGAUUACCCUUGAUGAUGAAGAUCUUCCUGAUGUCAAUGAUGAAGACGAUGAACAGGCUGAUUUUGACGAGGAUCUGGAUGAUUCUAUGCACACGUUCACAGGCCACACGUCUGAACUUUAUGCAGUUGCCUGCAGCCCAACAGAUCCUUUGCUGGUAGCAACUGGGGGUGGUGAUGAUAGAGGAUUUCUUUGGAAGAUAGGACAAGGAGAUUGGGCUGCUGAAAUGGGAGGUCAUAAGGAUACCGUUACUAGCUUGGCAUUUAGUAGCGAUGGACAGUUUCUUGCAUCCGGGGGCCUUGAUUCUGUAGUUAAUGUCUGGGAUACAUCUGGAAAUCAUAAAUGUACGCUUGAAGGGCCUGCUGUGAGUGAGCAAACGGAGGAACAUGCAGACGGGUUUGAGUGGGUCAGGUGGCAUCCUAGAGGUCAUCUAGUCUUGGCGGGCUCAAAUGAUGGCACUGCUUGGAUGUGGAACGCGGAUAGAGGUGCUGUCCUCCAAGUAUUUCCUGGCCACAGUAAACCAGUUACCUGUGGAGAUUUCACACCUGAUGGCAAAACCGUCUGCACUGGUUCGGAUGAUAUGAGUUUGCGAAUAUGGAAUCCAAGAACAGGGGAGAGUGUAUAUGUCAUAAAAGUUAGACACUUCUUUGACCUGACUAGCAAAAAUUCUCUCCUGCUAGGCCAUCCAUAUCAUACUGCAAGAUUAAAUUGCUUGGCUAUUAGCUCUGAUUCCACUCUUGUUCUUACUGGCUCUGAGGAUGGUUCUGUGAAAAUUGUGAACAUAGUGACUGGGAAGGUGGUCAGUACUUUGUCUAGACACACAGAUUCAGUUUCAUGCAUUGCUCUGUCACGUUCAUCAAGUUUCCCUUGGGCGGCAACUGGAGGCAGAGAUCAGCAACUUGUUAUCUGGGAUUUGGAACGUUCGGAUGCUCGUAACAUAUGCAAUCAUGAGAGUGAAGUGACCUGCUUAACAUGGAUAGGCAUGACGAGGUACGUGGCUGCCGGAUGUGGAGAUGGGGAUGUAGUUAUAUGGGACGGCCGAUCUGGAGACAAGGUGAAAACAUUCAAGGGGCAUAGCAGCUGCGUACAGUCCUUGGCAGUGAGCUCUAACCAUGAUUUUCUGGCUACUGCCUCAGACGAUGGUACUGCCAGGAUCUUUGAGAUUGGAGAGUUCAAAUAAAACCAAGUAACUUCCGGUACGUGGUGGAAACACCCAUCUUUCAAGUGUGAACUCUCUUACGUCGUAUUGUUGGCGGAGAAAACGUACUGAUUGCACGAUUGUCAAUUUUCUCCCUAGGUCUUUUUCGCAUCAUGGUAUAUCUUGUCUUGUAUAUUAUUGCUUAUAUGAGCGGAGUGCUAGGCAGAUAUGUUAACCGUCUUUUUUAGUUUGAAAAUAAGGGUUUUAAGUUUCGAAUAUAUGAUGUAUUUAAAAGCUACUGUACCAUGGUGCAAGAAAUAAAGGGGUUUGGGGCAAUUCAGAAAGGAGAUUAGGGAUUCAGAUUGGUGGAUCAAUCAGUGAAUGGCCUACCUCGGAAGAGUUGGGAAGAUAGGAGAAAUAUUCAGCUGUGAGAGGGAGGGGGACGGAUCACCUCAGUAACCAUUCCAUCAGUAAUCCCUUCCCCUGGCCCCCACGUGUCAGCUUUUUCUUUUUAUUUAAA